AUGACCAAACUAGAGCCGUUAGCGGGUGGCUAUUACGUGUGGCAUUAUGUCCCCUCUAUAGCCGCAGCGGUCAUCUUCAUCAUACUUUUCGGUGCGGUCACCGCAUAUCAUUUCUGGAAGCUCUUCAAGACAAAAGUUCGCUUCACCCUUCCUUUCGCCAUUGGGGGUCUAUUCGAAAUCAUCGGAUAUGCCGCCCGGGUGGCCGCCAGUAACAACACCGGAAAACUGAUGCCAUACAUCAUUCAAAGCGUCUUCGUCCUCCUCGCACCCACGCUCUUUGCAGCGGCCGUUUAUAUGGUUCUUGCUCGCAUCAUUCGCGCUGUCAAUGGGGAGGAAUAUUCGCCUAUUCGCAUCCAGUUGAUUACGAAGAUAUUCGUUUCCUGCGACAUCCUGACCUUUUUCAUUCAAGGCGGAGGUGCUGGCUUGAUGGCUGAAAGUAACCUGACAAACAUAGGACAAGACAUCAUUCUUGCUGGCUUAGUGUUACAGAUUAUCACCUUCGUCCUCUUCGUCGUCACCGCUGUAACUUUUGCGCGACGGAUGAGCAAAACACCAACGACCGCAGCUAUCCAGGGUAAUGUACCCUGGAAGCAGCAUCUUUACAGCCUUUACACUGUCAGUGCUAUGAUUCUGACUCGGUCAAUCUUCCGCGUGAUAGAGUACGGGUUGGGAAAUGAUGGAUACCUUCUGGGUCACGAAUGGCCCACCUACGUUUUCGACGCGGUGCCCAUGUUUUUCGCCAUGGUUUGCUUUGCCAUCUGGUAUCCAAGUGAGCUGCAGCCAUUUUUGAAAACCUCGAGCUCGGUCUGA